AUGUCAGACCACGAACAGAGCCAUGACAAGCCUUGUACGAUGUGCGGGACUCCACGGCCCGUGCUCGUACGAUGUCAAAUAGACGAAUCGAAGACAUGGAACUUCAUUUGCCCUGGAGAUUGCUGGAAGAAAGUGUCUGGAGGCGUCGAGGAUGCAAGAGGCUUCGAGGAUGAGUUCCCCCACUACCGAUAUGGCGGCAUGUGGAAGAAUAAGCAUGUCGAUGGCGCCAAGAUGAGCGCCAAAAAGCCCAAGAAGGUCAAGCAGAAGCAACAAGAGAAGAGGGCUGAGAAGGAACGACAAGCCAGCCAGGAUGCCACCUGGACCGCGAAGGAUGCCUCGGACAAGCAAGAUUCUGCAGAUCUCGCUCACUAG